AUGUCCAGCUCAAGACCCAAGGUGAAUCUUCGCUCCACAGCAGUCAAGCGGAUCAUGCAAGAGGCCUCUGAGCUCGCCAAUGCUGAUAUAGAGGAAGAUGGUUUCGUUGCUGCGCCUUUGGAGGACGAUAUAUUCGAAUGGCAUUGUACGAUGAGAGGUGUGUCAGGCAGCGAAUACGAUGGAGGUCUAUACCACCUGAGAAUACUUCUACCACCGAGCUAUCCCAUGUCAGCACCUGAUAUAAUGCUCAUGACUCCCAACGGUCGAUUCGAGCUGGGAAAGAAGAUCUGUAUAGAUGGGUUAACGAGUUUCCAUGCUGGAUCUUGGCAGCCUGCUUGGGGGGUGAGGACAGCCGUCGUAGGUCUUCGAUCCUUCUGGAUGCAGACCGGUGAAGCUCUCUCAGCGAUAGGUGCAUUGGACUAUUCGAAAGAGGAAAGAAGGAGAUUAGCGAAUUUGUCGAAAGAUUGGAGAUGCCCUAAUUGCGGUGUGACCAAUCAAGAGAUCAUACCGCCUUCCUCAGCUUCACCUUCAUCUUCCAGUGCUACCCAGACCGAAAGACAAGCACUAUCCCACGUGCAUGAUCAAGCGAGUCAGGAAAAUGGUGAUUCAUUAAGUGAGGUGGUUUCGGUCUCAAAUGAUCGAGGAGAAAAGGAUCAAUCGGAUAUAUCCAUAGAUCCAAAUCCUCAAGAAAUGCCUAGUAUACUUCCGCCAUUUAACACCUCAACCAUAGGUCCAUCAAGUACGGGUCUACAAGCUUUACCGAUCGAUAUUAUCCCUCCUUCUAUCGAGGAACCGCCUUCUUUCACUUCCACUCGUGGACAGUCCAAAGAACCUGGGCACUCCACGAGCGUGCAAGGUUUUUCAACCACUGAUGAGCGAGGGAUUCCAUCUCCCAUUCCAACACAUAGCAUCUCACCUCCAACAACUUCUCCAGCCAUUGAUACCAGUAGCAACAGAGAAACAAACAUAAAUGCAAAUACAAAUGCAAACGCAAAUACAAACACAGACGCAAACUCGAAUGCCGCUACCGCCCCCGUGCUCAGACCCAAUCAACAAAGGAGUCCAGCCUUUUAUCUCCUAGACUCGUUGAUCCUCGCUGGAAUAUCAAUAUUGAUCAUGUUAAUUGCGAAACGAAUGGCUUGA